AUACUCAGACCUUGGCCUGCGCUUCUCUGGUCGCUCUCGAUCUCCGGAGGCCCCCAGAAAACUGGGAAAGGAAGGAAAAGACGGCGGCUGCUGCUCCAUGAGCGUCUACAGUGGGAAGGCUGAACUGGCUCGGUCGUAGGCGGGAAGUUACCGGUGGGCUGCCCUGUGCAGCCGCGAUGCUGCCGCGCGCUGCCCCAGCAGCCCGGGCCCCAUAGACGCUUCCCGCAUCACUCGCUGCCUUCCUCACGCUGCUGGGAGUCCCGGGACCUGGUGGGGCCGGCAUGACCGACUUGCCCGGAGCCUGCCGCGCGCCCGGCAGUCUCCGGAGACGCGCUCCGAGCCUGGCUCCCACGGCCUCUGAGACUCCGCAGGGCUGCGGCAGCCCAGCGGGCGGGCUACGCAGUCUUCCCAUGCGGCGUUAGCCAGCAGUUCGGCCCGGACGCGAAAAAAGGCUCCUCCUGAGAAGCGGAGGCAACUGAAGAGUCGUGAAGACCUGUAACUUGAGGGCCACGGAACUGCUACUCCUGUUUGCCUUUGGCGAUCAUCUUUAACCCUCCCGAGCACGUCAGCAUCCAGCCACCGCGGCGCUCUCCCUGCAGCGGAGGACUCAGCACUACCCCUUCGGCGAGACGGAUGGAGACCGAGCCCCUCCGAGGACCUGCCCCAGCGGUUCUGGCUCGCGCGGCUCAAGUCACCACCGUGAACAAGGGACCCUAAAGAAUGGCCGAGCCUUGGGGGAACGAGUUGGCGUCUGCAGCUGCCAGGGGGGACCUAGAGCAACUUACUAGUUUGUUGCAAAAUAAUGUAAACGUCAAUGCACAAAAUGGAUUUGGAAGGACUGCGCUGCAGGUUAUGAAACUUGGAAAUCCCGAGAUUGCCAGGAGACUACUACUUAGAGGUGCUAAUCCCGAUUUGAAAGACCGAACUGGUUUCGCUGUCAUUCACGAUGCAGCCAGAGCAGGUUUCCUGGACACUUUACAGACUUUACUGGAGUUCCAAGCUGAUGUUAACAUCGAGGAUAAUGAAGGGAACCUGCCCUUGCACUUGGCUGCCAAAGAAGGCCACCUCCCUGUGGUGGAGUUCCUCAUGAAGCACACGGCCAGCAAAGUGGGGCAUCGGAACCAUAAGGGGGACACCGCCUGCGACUUGGCCAGACUCUACCGGAGGAACGAGGUCGUUAGCCUGAUGGAGGGAAACCAGGCGGAGGGAGCUUCAAAUUUGCAAUGAAUGUGGGGAGGGCUCUCCCACACUGCCUUCUGUUUUGUCAGUUAAUUGGUUGGCUGUCCUAUUUUACUAUCACUUGUUAAAAUUCAGUUUUGUCAUAUUUUAAGCAGUUAGUUAAAUCUUCUCAGACUGCGAAGUGGAAAUCUUAUUACAGGUUUAUGAAGAUAUUUAAGCAACAUCCUUUUCAUCUGCAAAAUCCUGAGUUCUAACAUGUAAUUGCAAAUAGCUUUGGCUUUCUCCUGAAUAUGUUAUCUUGCCUUGACUUUUUCCUUGCUUCUCCCUUUGCCAGUCUCAAAACCCAGCUUAAGAGAUUUUUGUUUUAAAAAUGGUUUGUCCUGAUGCUUCUUUUGCCUAAUUAAAAUACUUUUUCAAAACAGGACAAUGUUUUUC